UCCAAUAAAGACCUAUUUCACACACACUUAAUUUUGGGGUAUGGUUUUUGUUUAAAAUUUGUACAUAGAUUCCACUGCAACUUGAUACACAAGCGUGAAACCUUAUCAUUAAAAGUCAAGUAGUUUGAUUCAACAUGGAUCCCUACAGGACACAUGCAUCCAAAAGUGAAAAAAGAGAGAAUGAAGCUUCUACCUCUAAGAAAAGACUUGAGCCAGAGUAUCCGGAAAAGAAAAGAAAGGGGAGCCAAGAUAUAUCUGAAUACGAUAUAACCAAAGAUAAUGGAUUUCAAUAUCAAAAACAAGCGAGAGCUAAAGCCAAUCUUUACUUUCGGAGCUCAGGAUAUUUCGAUGCCAAUGAAAAACGCAUUGAAUCUGCAACAAUAGAAGUGAAUACAAAACACAGUGAUCUCUCAGAAAAGGAAAUGUUUCCACUCAAGCUAAUAGCGUACACCAAACCAUUUUAUUUGACUCAAUUGGAUGGUACAUUUUCAGCUAAAGUUCAGCUUAAAAAUGACUACCUUCGACAAAUAGACCAAAAACAAAAAAUUCGUGAUGAAGACGAAACUCGCCCCAUCUUUGUAGUAAAUUUAAACAUAGAUCCAAUCCCAGACAAUGCAAUUACUGACACUAUAGAAAGCUUCUACAAACACAUUACAAAAAGAAAGAAAAUAAAGUUGGCAGAUCAGGAAUUUUCCUCAAUGUACAGUGAAUAUAUAGUAGCGAUGUUUUUUGAACUGUUCAUCAACAGUGUCGUUGAAAAGACUGAGAUAAAAUUUGGCAAGGAAGGAGGCAAGAAGCCAGAUUUUAUUUUAAACAUAUUUGGACGCUCCUGCCAUACAGAGAUUACACGCAUCUCCUAUAUGAGUGGUGACUUAUCACGCUUGUUGGAUAAAAAACUAAACAAGUUUGAUCAUGAAAGAGCCCUCAUUGUGCUGUGUGUCCUUUGUUCCUCUGAGGCGUACACCAUCGAAGCAUUAGACGCCUAUGAGAAGGUUGUUGAGUCUUACAGAGGUACAGAGAAACUCUGUCACAUCGUCACGUUUUUCUUUGACAUACGGAAUGGCAGCUUCUUGUUUUAAUGGAAAGAAAACAAAGAGAUUAAAUAUUGGCUAGAAGCAUAUGGCUGGCACGGAACAAUGCUAAGAAAGAGUUAAGCUAAGCCAUCUUAUUGUUACCUCUUUUACAUUAUUC